AUGGCGCUGGCCGCGGCCGCCGCCGCCGCCGCUGCCGCCGCCGCCGCGGGCGUGAGCCAGGCCGCCGUGCUGGGCUUCCUGCAGGAGCGCGGCGGGCAGGUGCGCAGCUCCGAGCUGCUCGGCCGCUUCAAGCCGCUGCUGGACGCCGGUGACCCCCGCGGCCGCGCCGCCCGCCGGGACCGCUUCAAGCAGUUCGUCAGCGACGUGGCCGUGGUCGAGGAGCUGGACGGGGUCCAGUUCGUGGUGUUGAAGAAGCCUCCUCGGGCCCCGGAGGAACCAGAGCGCCGGCUGCCUGGCAUCGUCCCUAGGAUGCUGCCCGCCCCGCCAGGCGAAAACUCGCCUGCAUCCCCGGCACCGGCUCGGCCGUCCGUGGAACCAUCCGAGGACCCUGCCGCACCAUCGGAACCACAGGACACCACGGGGACCACCACCUCUGGGACCACCCAGCCGACCCAGCCACCGGGAGACCCGGGGGUCCCAGCCCCGGUACUCCCCGUCCACGUGGCCGGCGAGUCGCUGGAGCCUCCGGAGCCAGCGGUGAGAAGCCCACCGGCCCCGGCCGCGCGCGCGCCCCCGCCGAAGCCCUGCAUGCUCCCGGUGCGCUGCGUCCCCGGCGGCCCCGCCGCGCUCCGCAUCCGGGCUGAGGAACAGCAAGGUCUGCGCCGGCAGCUGUCGGAGGAGCCGAGCCCGCGGAGCUCCCCGCGGCUCCUGCGGAGGCUUUCCGUCGAGGAGUCCGGGCUGGGCCCCGGGCGCUCCCCGCACCUGAGACGCCUGUCGCGCGCCGGCCCGCGCCUGCUGAGCCCGGACCCCGACGAGAUGCCCGCCGCGCCGCCGCCGCCGCCGCCCUCCGCCGUGCCGCUGGAGCCCAUCGAGCACGAGUGGCUCGUGCGCGCGGCCGGGGGCCGCUGGAGCCACCAGCUGCACGGGCUGCUGCUGCGGGACCGCGGCCUGGCCGCCAAGCGCGACUUCAUGUCCGGCUUCACCGCCCUGCACUGGGCGGCCAAGAGCGGGGACCGGGAGAUGGCCCUGCAGCUGGUGGAGGUGGCGCGGCGCGGGGGCGCGCCCGUGGACGUGAACGCGCGCUCGCACGGCGGCUACACGCCGCUGCACCUGGCCGCCCUGCACGGCCACGAGGACGCCGCCGUGCUGCUGGUGGUGCGCCUGGGCGCGCAGGUCCACGUGCGCGACCACAGCGGCCGCCGCGCCUACCAGUACCUGCGGCCCGGCUCCUCGUACGCGCUGCGCCGGCUGCUCGGCGACCCCGGCCUGCGAGUGGCCGGCGGCGAGCCGGAGGCCCCCGGCGGGGUCGCGUCGCGGCACCCGGUGCAGGUGGCCGCCACCAUCCUGGGCUCCACCACCAGCGCGUUCCUGGGCGUGCUGGCCGACGACCUGGUGCUCCAGGACCUGGCCCGCGGCCUGAAGAAGUCCAGCUCCUUCAGCAAGUUCUUGGGAGCCUCGCCCGCGGCCCCGCGGAAGAAGACCAAGGUCCGCGGUGGCCUGCCCACCUUCUCCGAAACCCCCCGUCGGUCCCCUUCGGCGCCUUUAGCUGGUUUAGCGGCCGGCCUGCCCCCCACCACCUGAAAGCGUUGGCACUCCGGCUCAGUUCAGUUAACCAGGCUUGUCCCGCACGCACGGUCCUCGCCUGUCCAAGGCGGGCCCGACGCCCGCAGCCUCGUCCACUGCCGGCCCGUUUUUGCCCAGAUGGCCUCCGCAGUCUGUCUGAAACGCGAUCUGUCUGUCCGCCGAGAUGGCAUGGCUGAUCGUUAGCGAGAGGCGCCUGCGAAGAACCCAAGCGAUGAGGCCUGGACCCUGGGGGAGACUGGAAGCUGAGGCCAAAGGCGAAGGGGCAGCAGCUGGCCUGGCCUCCGGAUGCUGUCUGAACGCUCCCUGCAGAGCUAGAGCCGCGCUCUCUACAUGUUCCAACAUACUGGCUUGCUUGUCAGCUUUGCGAUAUGUGGUGGCUUUGCAGUUGGAUGCUUUCGUUGUGUUUUUAAAUCGAAAUGGGGUAAAGCAACUUUCAUAAUAUAUUUUUUUUUGAGAUAGGGUCUUGCUCUAGCCCAGGCUGGAAUUGGUCUUUGGCUGGCCUAGAGCUCACAGUGAUCCUCCUGUAUCAGCCUCCCCAGUGCUGGGAUCAAAGGUGGGCGCCGCCACACCCUGCAGAGUCCUAAGAAUCUUUUGAAAUUACAUUUUUCCCAUUUAUAGGCAAAAUGCUCAGACAUUUUUAGUCGUUUGCUAAAAAAAAUUUUGGAAUUCUGUCUAAAAAAGAAAUAGAUGACUAAGAUUUAAAGGAAAUUAGUCCCAGCCAACAAAACUUUAUCUACCUCAUUUUAGGCAGUUGAGAUUCUGAAGUGUCUUGAAUGCAGAGUAACUGUUGUGACCCCAAAGAAUGUGACUGAUUUCAAUUGUGCUGUGAACACUAAAUAUUAAGAGACAAAUAUAUCUUGGGAGUAAAAGUAUAUAACAAAGACAAAAAUGACAUUUUGGUAAAUACUCUUAGGCUAUGGUGAGAUGUCAAUGUGUAUUUGGCACCAACAGUUGGCUAUUUUAAUUUGGCAAGAAUAUUUUUUUAAUUGUCAUUUAAUUGUGAAUUCCAAAUUUGUGGAUUUUUUUUCAGUGCAGUGUAUUGAUAUUCAAAGAAAAAUAAUAUACCACAAAAAUACCUUAUUAAGCUAUAAUUGAUAUAAUUAAAAGCAUACUCUUUCAUAUGAAAGUUCUGAACAAACAAAAAGCAUUUGAUAGCCAUUUUCCAAAAACCAUUUGAAAGCAGACACCAUUUCUAAAACAGCAAAUGCAGAAAUUUGGCUCAGUGAGUUUGAACAAGCAGCUUAACCUCUCUAGGCCUUUGCUUCUAGCUGUGGACUGAGAAGGUUUGCAGACAUGGUCACGAGUUUCCAGGUUUGGCACAGCAUAAGGAAGAUAGCACCUUUUUUUCUUUUUCCUGUUUAAAGAUGCAAAGUCUGGGCUGGAGAGAUGGCUUCACCGUUAAAGCACUUGCCUGUGAAGCCUAAGGACCCAGGUUCAAUUCCUCAUUACCCACAUAAAGCCA